AUGGCCCCAAAGCAAACCAUUGCUUUCUUCGGCGCGACUGGUGGAUGUGCAGGCAGUUCACUCGCCUGCGCCCUUCGCGAAGGCUACCACUGCACAGCAUCAGUAGCACGCACUCCCUCCAAACUCCUCACCCUCCUCUCAUCCGACCACGACAUCCCAACCUCCACAACAAAAGCCAAUCUCACAAUCAUCCAAGGCGACGCAAAGAACCCAUCCGACGUAGCCCGGACCCUCCUCUCCCCCCUCAACAAGUCCCAUACAGUCGACACAAUAUACUCCUCCAUCGGCGCAUACCCAACCUUCCAGCUCUCUCUCACAACCCCCUUCGUCCUAGCAGAUCCUACCCUUUGCACCUCCGGCAUGAAAGCAAUAUUUUCCGCCCUGGACGCGCUUAACCUCACUACCUCCGAAGGGCAAAAACCUCUCUUAAUAGCGCUUAGCUCGACAGGCGUCAACGGUCGCACGAGAGAUAUCCCAUGGCUGUACCAUCCGCUAUACCACGUCCUAGCCGCGCAACCGCACGCGGACAAGCGCAGCAUGGAGGGGAUCGUCCUGGACGAUCAAGGCGAGCAUUUCAGAGACUUUGUCAUUGUGAGGCCCACGGCUUUGGUGGAUGGGGAGAGAGGCGUGAAGAAGGUGAGGGCGGGGUGGGAGUGGGGUGUGCAAGGGGAGAAGGAAAAGGUGGAGAGGGAGGUUGGGCCGGCUAUUGGGUGGACAGUUGGGCGGAAGGACGUCGGUGCGUGGGUUUUCAAGAACGUGAUAGAAAGAGGCGGGUGGGAUGGGAGGUGUGUUAGUUUGACGUACUGA